CCGAUCUCACAAGGUUAAACGUGUUAUUGGUGUUACAAAUAAUAGCAGGAAUGGAAAAUUAAAUAAUCCGAACUUAUAAACCGUUCAGAUUUUACAACGAAAAUAAAAUAAGAAAAAUGGGAGUCUUUAGAAGCUCGAACGCGAACGGACAAGAUCAAGAACACGAUCAGGAGUUCAACUUUGAAGUGAAGCCGGUUGAGGGAGUCGGCGAUGGAGGCAAGGUUGGCCCGGGCCAGGGCUUCGGCUGGGCCAGCAGCAGAACGGCGCCGUUGCACGGCAGUGGCAGGUCCGGCGUUGUCCGACCGCUUCUUGAAGGUUUGGGUGCUGACCGCCCAAAUCUUCGUGGCCUUUGUGAGUGGGCCAACGGUGGUGGUCACCUUGAACCGUUCAAGGAUGUCCAUCACCACGAACGGGUACGGGAGGAGGUGAACGUGGUCGGUGGACGCGGCAAUCGUCAUGUUGAUCAUGACAAACUUUGCCCAAUUGAUUGGGGCCGAGUGCAUGAUCGCAUGGAUGAGCUUGAGAUCUUCACCGGACAUGAUGGUGUGGCCGUGCUUCCUGGGUUUGAUGAUCCGGGAGACGAUGUAGAGAAGAAGACGGCCAUCGGGGUUAGCGGAGUGGAUGGUGGGGCGGCCCGAGGCAUGGCGGAUGAGCUCGGUGAUGCCAAGCUCGUUGAGGAUAAGGCACUCGUUGUUGAGCACCUAGUCCUCUCCGCCAUAGUGAGACACAUCGUCGCCUUGGAAGGGGAGGCCGACGAUGCGCCCAAGCUGCUCCACGGUGAGCUCAAUCGGCGUGCUCUUGACAAGCGAGUAGAGCACGUCGUCCUCACGCCGGAGGUUGGAGUAGAAGGCCCGGAUCAGCGCCGGGUUGAUCUCCUUGCGCGCCCGGGAGACGAACAGCCAAAGGCCGGCUUGAUGAAGCUGUGCGUCAAGGUCGCCGUAGCCCUGCAGCUCCGGGUAGCGCUCCGGGAUGAUCCGUGGGGGAGCCACAACCCGUUUAGAGAAAAAGGUGAGGAAACGGGUGCGCUCCUCCUCGGAAUUAAACCAAAGGUAUGACCCGUCGCCAUAGUAGAGGCGCUCCUCGGAGGAUGAUGUAGGCGCCCGGGAUUUGGACUUUGAUUUCCCGGAAGUGCCUGCCCUGCUCUUGUCUUUGCCCAU